AUGGCGCCCAUGUCAAGGCGUCGCAAGGUGCUCAAGACGGGACGGCUCAUCAAAAAAUCGAAACGCCUUGUUGAGCACAGGGAUGCUGCAACAAGGGUGGCUGUGGCGUUGAAGGAGGCGGAGAUGGAGAUGGAAAAGGCUGUGGCGUUGAAGGAGGCGGACAUGGAAAAGGCUGUGGCGUUGAAGGAGAUGGAAAAGGAGAUGGAAAAGGCGAUGGCGUUGAAGGAGGCGGAGGCUAAAUUUCAGCUUAAAGUUGAAAUAGACGCAGUCAAAAAUAAGAUGCAGAUGGAGAUCGACAUUACAAAGCUCAAGUAUAUCAACGUGAGCUCUCGAUUCUGGCUUGAACUGGUCUUCCAGGACUUUGCCACAUACGCGCGCAGCCAGAACUUGCAGCGAGCCGCGAAGCUCUGGAACUCGUCGGGUAGGCCCAUCAUGAGCAGGGUGAAUGCCUAUCUAGUUUCAAAUCCUUCCCGGUGGCAAGCCUUCUUGCGUCAUAAGAAGCUUCAGACACUACAGCAGUUCCCAACAAUACCCGAGAUGCUGCUGUAUGGUGCUGCGAGUUCUGGCCUCCAUCAGCCACUAGGAGGUCUGGUCAUUGUGGACUUGUCUGGACACACGGGCUGGCCAGACUAUGCGCAAUUGUUCCACGACGUGGGUGAGUUUUAUGCCAAGCAGAAUGGCUACGCUGUGGAGCGCUUGGACUUGACAAAGGCACAUGUCGCAAUGAUGCGACAACCUAUCUGA